AUGAACGAAGACGAAGCGAUUCACAAUAUCCAAAAGAAGAUUGAUAGGGAAAAGGCCCUCAUCAAUGCCGCCAAUGCUAUGCGUUCCCAGACAAAUAAUGAGGCCGUCCGAUCCCGUCUAGACUCGCAGCUUCGUGAUGGCCGGCGGAACAUUCAGUUCUUCGAGGAGAAGAUGCGCGAUAUCCAGAUGCGUCGCGUCAACUCGGGCAUGGACGCCAUGUCCAUGAGCUCUGCCGGCGGCACUGGUUCGUCCUCGGGCGCCACCGUCGUCGCCGACUUCGACGACCAGCACUCCACCCCCCCCGCACCGCCGCCCAAGGACCCCGCCGCCUGGGGGGACCGUGCCGGAUACGGGAGUCAGAACUAUUCCAAGCAUGGUGGUGGGAGCGGCAGUGUCGGUGGCCCCGGCGACCUCAUGCCUCCUCGUCAUCCUUAUGCGCCUCCCGGCCCUGCCUCGGGCAUGCCAAAGGGCAGACCCAACUUCACCAAGCUCGACCUCAUCAAAUACGAUAACCCCUACCUCGGUCCGCGCAUCCAGCUCAUGCUCUCCCAGAUCCAGUUCAAGCUCAACGUCGAGGAGCAGUACCUCAAGGGUGUCGAGAAGAUGGUCCAGCUCUACGGAAUGGACGGAGAUAGGAAGAGCAAGGCCGACGCGGCUGCCAGGAAAGUGGAGAGCAAGCAGAAGAUUGUUCUGCUCAAGCAGGCCCUCAAGAGAUACGAGGAGCUCCACAUCGACACCGACUCGGCUGAUAAUCAGGAUGACGAUUCCAUCAACAUGCCCAACCUUCGCAAGCCGCUGAGCGGCCAACUCGCCAUUCGCGUCCUUGCCGUCCAAGACGUCGACCACGCCGCCACGUCGAGAUUCGCCCGCGGACCCGAGACGUUUGUCGCCGUCAAGAUCGAGGACACGGUUGGCGCCCGCACCCGCGCCUCACGAAACGACCGCUGGGAGGCCGAGUACCACACCAUCGAGGUGGACAAGGCCAACGAGAUCGAGCUGACCGUCUACGACAAGCCGGGCGAACACCCGCUGCCCAUCGGCCUGCUGUGGGUCAGGUUAUCUGACAUUGUCGAGGAGAUACGCCGCAAGAGGAUAGAGGCCGAGAUGAACAGCUCCGGCUGGGUUUCGGCUGACCGGAUGGGCAACCCCGCCAGCCCCACGGCGGCCCCCGACCAGUUCCCCAUGAGCCCCACGCAGGGCUCUUUCAGUCCCGGUGCCGGUGCCGGUGCCGGUGCCGGUGCCGGCGCCGGCGGCGACGACGGAUUUGCUGGCGCCGUCCCCGCCCCCCUCCCGCAGGUCAACACCGGCCCUAUAGACGGCUGGUUCAACCUCGAGCCCACCGGCCGCAUCCGCCUGCAGAUGAGCUUCAACAAGACGAACCGCGACAGCCGGCCCGUCGACCUCGGCCUAGGCCGUAAGGGCGCCGUCCGUCAGCGCAAGGAGGAGGUGCACGAGAUGUACGGCCACAAGUUCGUCCAGCACCAGUUCUACAACAUCAUGCGCUGUGCCCUCUGCGGCGAGUUCCUCAAGUACUCGGCCGGCAUGCAGUGCGAGGACUGCAAGUACACCUGCCACAACAAGUGCUACCCCAGCGUCGUCACAAAGUGCAUCAGCAAGAGCAACGCCGAGACCGACCCGGACGAGGAGAAGAUCAAUCACCGCAUCCCUCACAGGUUCACACCCUUCUCCAACAUGACGGCCAACUGGUGCUGCCACUGCGGAUACAUUCUGCCCUUUGGAAAGAAGAAUUGCAGGAAAUGCUCGGAAUGUGGCCUCACGUCCCACGCUCAGUGCGUUCACCUGGUCCCUGACUUUUGCGGUAUGUCCAUGGCCACGGCCAACCAGAUCCUCGAGGGUAUCCGCGUCCAGAAGCAGCGCCAGGCAAAGGUCACGUCUCUGAGCGACAAGACUCUGCGUCCCGGAAAGUCCAGUCCGGUAACGUCUCACUCUCACUCGUCUUCCUACACCGGAUCUACCCACGGCGGGUUUGGAGGAGGCCCCUCGGCCGAGGCCACCGAGGCCGCCAAGGCCAUGUACGCCAGCCAGGCGCAGCAGCCGCAGCAGAGACCUCCCGGCCCCGACCGCACGUCGUCCGGCACGACUGCUGCAGCUGCUGCUUCGGCCGCCAUGACCGGCCCCGCCGCUGGCCAGCGUCCCCCGCAGACGGACCCUUACGGCGCCUCGUCUGGCGGCGCCUACGACGACCCUUACGGCCAGCCCCAGCAGCGCAAGUACAACCCGCAAGACUACGCGAGCGUCACACCAGGCUACGCCAGCCCGCCGCCCGUGCAGCAGCAGUCCCCACCCGUGCAGCAGCCGGCGGCGGCCUCUCAGCCCCUCCCCACGCAGCAGCAGGCAGCGGCCUACGCGGCCCCCCCCAGCGUCCCCUCACACAAGGAGGAGCCAGCACCGCAGAUCACGAAGGCAGGAUGUCUUGGAGUAUAG